GGGAAGGGCGCAACACUGUGACGCCUGAAUGGUCAUGCUUUCUCGACCCACGACGACGAUCCGAAUCUUCAUCAUCUUGUGCCUGCAAACUGUUCGAGUUUGCCCCCAGUCGUCAAGAAUUCGGCCGGCAUGGGACUUUGCAGGUACUAUGCAAGAUGCAAGUGUCUCCAAGCAAGUUCUCUGGAUUCAGUACCCCUGUCUGGCGGUCGCUGCCCUUUCUGUCGUUCGUUGGCCCUUGUCAUCGAUAAGCGAGAGGCGAGUGGUGCCCAGGGAGCCCGCAAUUGUCAGCUGCAGGUGCAGGGGUUUUGAGAGGCCACUUAACCUGCUUCUGGUAACCUCAGACUGACUUCGUUACCUCAUGCGAAUACUGCUCUGCCCAUCCCAUCAUGUUCCGUUCUUGUCCUGAAGCUCAUCGAAGCGAGAUGGGUGGUGUGAGCAGCGCAUAUGCCUGGGCAACACGUCGCUUGUAGCUCCUACGCACUCUGUGG